AACAUUCAAAACUUUAAGCAGUUAACAAGCUACAAGUGCAUGCAAUAAUCGACAAAUGUACAAAAGUCAAUACUGAAUACAAAAAGACUCGCGGACCCUGUACGGAGCACUCUGGUGUAGUUACAGACAGUUGUAGAUGACCCGGAGCUGGUCUAUUGACAUGUUUAUACAUAUAAGACUGCCAGGUGAUUGGGAAUCUUUAUUGAUUUCUUUGACUAAUGAAUACCAAGAACGGAGAGUUGUUAAGAGAUCUGCAAGGGAAAACUUAGAAGGGAUUAAUUGUCCAUAUCAGACCAUUAAUAUUUCACAGUGUCUUUUUUUUAAUUACAGACAGAAUGGUGGUGAAAUAUCUUCAAGGACUGCCAAAGACAGUGUCAACCAAGGAGAUUCCAUCACUGUAUCAUGAGCCACAUAUCGAGGAAGGUUAUCGACAAAAUGACCUUCCGUGGACGUACUACAUCUCAAGUCUAUUUCAAAUGCACAAUGAAACGGUCAAUGUUUGGACCCAUCUUAUAGGAUUCGUGAUCUGUGUUUACAGUUUAUUGUCCUUCCAGGAAAGUUACGAUCUUAUCAUCGACCCGUACAUGUGGCCAUUGGUUGCUGGGUACGCUGGAAUGAGUGCCAUGUUUUUAUUUAGCGCAUGCGCACACCUUCUUGCUAAUACAUCUAGUGUGGUGCACUACACUGGUUUUGGAGUAGACUAUGCAGGAUUAAGCUUAUAUGGCAUUGGAAGCGUAAUACUUCACUUUAACUAUGCAAUUCAUCACUCUGCCAAAGGAUCUUUUGUACAAGAAUACUCUGUACUGAUAGGUGUCGUUCUCGCUAUAUUCGUGUGUAUAUGUGGUUGCGUGUCUAAGUUCAGCUACAGUAGGCCGUAUCCUUUUCAGCGAAAGCUAUGGAUCAUAAUCCCAGUUGGCCUUGUGUUUGUUCUGGUGGAACUUCCGAUAAUACAUCGACUUUAUUUGUAUUUCUCACACGAGAUCCAUGACGAGAGUCUCGUCCACCAUAUAGGUCACAUGACUCUUUUCAUUACUGCAGCUUUUUUCUUCGGCUCACACAUCCCCGAGCGUUGGUACCCAGGGAGAUUUGAUUUGAUCGGACAUAGUCAUCAGAUAUUCCAUGUGUUUAUUGUUCUGGUAGCUGUUGAGCAGACUAAUGCUUUGAAAAUCGACAUUGCUAACCUAACAGAAAGCGGUAUUCACCAUUUAACGAGGUCGAAGUCGAGUUUCUCCCACACAUUUGGGGUUAUCUUGUUCGUUCUAAUAGUCGAUAUAUGUAGUGUUUAUUACUUUCAUACACUUGUAAAAGAACGAGAAAAGAAAUCCGAAUGAAAGUUUUUUUUAAAGAAUAACUCAAAGAAUUUUAUUGGCUCCUAGAAAUGCAUUGUAUUACGAACCAAAAUUGUAUCCGAGAUCCUUGUCAUAGGUAGGGUUUUGAUGUGUAGGGUUUUUGGAAUUUUUAAAUGGCCACUUUAUUCCUGACGAAGAGAUUUUAACAUAUCCAUUCUCCAGUUAUAUGUGAUACUAAAAAAUCAAAGCAAUUACAUGCACAUGUAUGUUAGUGAUAUGUAUUUUAUAUAUUUAUCAGUGUGAUUUUUAUGCACAACGAAAAUUAGU